AUGUUCCCUGACAUCCCCCACUUUGUCUUUUGCAUCCCACCUUCUCUCGGACAGUCACCACCUUCUAUUAUCGUUCGCGUGCUUUUUGAGAUUCUCUGCGCUGCCCACCUCUCCUUCUAUUCUAUGAGGCACGCACGGCUGUCCAAUUCCGCUCAUUUCUUCGUUCGUCGCACCUCGUCUAGUCAUAGGUAUCACAUCAGCGCGCUCCGUCCAUCGGCCAUGGAUUCGUCAAAUCCACAGCACCCCCGGCCUAAGAAGCUGAUCUUUGCGCCCGGCGAUAUUGAAGCCACCUCCGAGACUCAGACUCCGGCCUCCGAAAUCCUCGUCCCUGCCUCAUCCCUCCCUCCCCGACUCGUCGCAGAAGGUCUCCGAUCAGAGACGAUGACACCGACGACUGCGUUGGAUAACAAGGUCGUCUCACAUCCUGCGCGGGCACAUCAGUUUAUCCGGAAUCCCCCGCUCACCAUCUCGCAACUGCACCCGAGCAACCCUCUUUAUCAAUUCCACGCCUGGUUCCGUGAUCCACGGCUAAGCCCAUCGUCCUCACCAGAGACAUGCACUCUGGCGACUGCAUCUCUCCCAUCUGGACGCGUGAGUGCCCGUGUCGUAUACCUUAAGGAGCUUGAUGAGAGGGGCUGGACGGUAUAUAGCAACUGGGGUAGUCGCGAGGGGAAAGGUGGACAUGUCUUCGGAGCUAGCGUGGACGGCACAACUGAGAGCAAUGUUCCGGAUGCAAUCCCCGUUCCUGGGGUCGAUGAGCCCCUAGUCAAAGACUUGGGCCUGGAACAGAAAGGAAACAAAUGGGCUGCGCUCACAUUCUGCUGGUCAGCGCUGGAACGUCAAGUCCGCAUCGAGGGAAUGGUCGAACCGCUGAGCAGAGAAGAAAGUGAGCUUUAUUGGCGCACGAGGGAGCGUGGGAGCCAAAUCGGAGCUUGGGCUAGCUGGCAAAGCAAGGUCCUUUGGGCUGCUGAGCCGGAAACGCUUGUCAGCCGGCGACGCAAGAGCUUCGGUCCUGGCGAGGACUCGAAGGAUAACAUCGUUUACCCCGAGAUCCCACAUGAUGUCGACGAGACGGAUAUUGACGAUGGGCGUGCGCUACUCGAGAAGAGGGUGCAAGAGGUGGAGGCGCGGUUUGCUGAUACCAAGGAGAUCCCUCUCCCACCUUUCUGGGGUGGCGUUCGUCUUAUCCCGGAGUCGGUAGAGUUCUGGCAGGGCCGUCGUAGUCGAUUGCAUGAUCGAUUCAGGUAUGUUCGGCUUCAUGGGACGGGAUCGGAUGAGUCGUCGUAUAGAUGGCGCAUCGAGCGGCUUUCGCCUUAG